ACGAAACUUGUCAAUAAACAGUAUCACAGUUGUCAACUUCUGUUAACAAUGUGAGACAGACGUUACAGCAAUGUAAUUUACUUUUAACAUGAACCCCAUUACAGACGGUUUGCAACCAUCUUUAAAAUUAUGGGGUGAAGAAGAAAUUGAUGGAGCCAUAUUCACUGUUUAUUUAAAGAAGGUUCGUUAUCACCAUACAAACAUAGAUUCCUCCGAACAAGUAUCUCAUUUAGAAUGGGAAACUAUACGUGUGAAGAUGAUCAAGGCUGGAACCCUUGAAAAAUUGGUUGAAAGUCUUGCAACUGAUACUGGUGAACUUGACUCCACUUAUAUGAAUAUAUUUUUGUCAACAUACAGGACCUUUGCAUCACCAAAUCAAGUAUUAUCUAUUCUUUUAAAUAGGUAUGAACAAAUGCACAAUGAAACCUUAGAGCUCUCUUCAGAAACCAAAGACCAACACAAAAGAACUCUUGAAAAAGUUUUAUUGGUGUGGCUUGACAUGUACCCUGAAGAUUUUUAUGAACCUCCUCAGUAUUUGAGUCUUCUAAAAAUUAAAGACAUUGCUGCUAAAUAUGUACCUGGGGGAGCUCUGGAACUCAGAGCAAAGCAUAGAUUAGUGAAGUACAAGAGAGGUGAAUGUGGAGGAUUUUCUGGUAGUCAGACUGUAGAUUUUACCAGUGACAUUAAAUUCAAGUACUUGUCAUUAAAUUAUAUUAGUAUCCUUGACAUACCUGAUAAAGAGUUUGCUUUGCAGUUAACAUAUACUGAUAAUGAGCUAUUCAAGAAACUAAUACCAUAUCAGUGUUUAGGGGCAUUCUGGUCCCGACGAGAUAAAUUAUCUGGAUGGAAUAUUUCACCUUCUUCUGUAACAGCUACUAUCAAUCAAUUUAAUGCAGUUUCCUUGCGGGUUAUCAGUACGAUAUUGUCAGAUCCUCUUUUAAAACCAACGAUGCGUGCCAGAAUUGUUACAAAAUGGAUAAAUAUUGCUCAAGAACUUAGGCUUUUAAAAAACUUUUCGUCUUUGAAAGCAAUAACUGCUGCUCUUCAGAGUAAUUCAAUCCAUAGACUCUCAAAAGUUUGGCUCUCUGUGCCAAGGGAGAAAAUUGAAAUAUUUUCUGAAUUAGCCAAAAUUUUUUCGGAAGAAAACAACCAGACAAAUUGUAGAGAACUUUUGAUAAAGGAAGGGUCUGCCAAAUUCGUCAAUGCAGUUUGGUUAAAUGGUAAACAGUUCUUAAAGAAUUCAGAAAAAAUGGCAAGUGAUCAUGCUUGUACUAUGCAAGGAACAAUCCCAUAUUUAGGAACUUUUUUAACUGAUUUGACUAUGAUUGAUGCUGCUAUUCCUGACUAUCUGCCUAACGGUUUGAUUAAUUUUGACAAGAAGCGAAAAGAAUUCGAAACUUUAGCUCAAAUCAAGCUUCUCCAGAGUGCAGCAAACAGCUAUGAUAUUCAGAUAAACGAAGAAUUUCAAUUUUUGUUCAACUCUAUUCCAAUAUUUGAUGAAAAAGAAAGUUAUGAACUUUCUUGCUCCAUUGAACCUCAAGAUACUACCUUUCACAGUAAAAAACAUGUAUUUGAUAAUGUAAAAAAUUCUGUAUUCAAAUGGUCUCAUCAGAAAAGUGAUUCAACUCCAUCAACAUCAUCUAAUGGAUUCCUUUGUGAUAAAAAUAGUAAUGAAAUAAAUGUAGCUGCUAUUGUUAAAGAAAAUGGAAUAAAGAUGUCCAAGUCAUGCUCAAGUUUAUCGAUUACGCAUCAUAAUUCUAACAUAUGCAAUGGAAAGAAUGGAUCUUUGCAAGAUUUUUAUAUUAUUAAAGUUUCAUUAGAACAGAAAAGCUGUGAUAUGGGAGGAGUAAACAUGUACAAAAGUAUUAUGCUCAAUAAUAGUGAUCGCACCCGUACUGUGAUAACCAAUGCUAUGCUUAAGCAUGGAAUUGAGGGAGAUCCUGAAGAAUAUAUGCUAGUUCAAUUGGUACCUGGAGGGGAAAUUGUUUUCCCUGAUUCAGCAAAUGUGUAUUAUGCAGUUAAUAGAAAUCAUGAACUUAAAUUCGUUUUACGUACCCGGUACAAAAAUGAUACGAGAGGAAAGAAAAGAACUCCAUCUGGAAAUGGACAUUAGGAAACACUGAAAGAAUUGAAUAUAAUUUUAAUACUGUGCUCAUUAUACAUGAUCAUCCUUGAUGUAUAUUUUUAUUGUAUUAUGCUCAUUAUACAUUAUCUCUAAAUAGUUUUUACCAUGUCUUGUAUUUUGUAAAUAAAAUUGUAUUUUAGUAUUU